AUGGACGUGGAACAAGUCCAUGUGAGCAUCGUGGGUCCGGGCACGGUUUCUAUUGGCUGGGCCAGUGAGAGCGGACGAAGCGAUGUAGUGGAGGUCCAAGAGGUGGACGAACAUCAAGCGCCACUGGGGGAUCUGCAAAGAGUCAGCUCCACCAGCGACACCUACGAGCUGCAAUGCGGUCGGCGCUUUCACCUCAAUGGCCCCUGUGCCAUGAGCCAAAGGUACCGGAGCCCGCUGCUGUUGCAAGCGCGAGUGACCCUGGAAGCGGGGCGGAAAUACCGUUACCGCCUUGGUGGCGGUGCCUGGCGCCGGCUGCGGCUGCCUCCGAAACGAGAUGUUUCUACGGUGGUGAAGGUGGCGAUGGUGGGAGAUAUUGGUCAGACCAGCAACAGUGCUGCCACCUGCAGAGAUAUCCGUGCGCAUGCUGAUGAAUUGGACUUGGGGGUGAUUUUAGGUGACCUUUCCUAUGCCGACUCCAAUGCGAGCCGCUGGGACAGCUUUCAUCGACUCUUUGAUUUGCAGGGCUGUGCUGAUCUUCCGUGGUUGGUGCUGCCCGGCAACCAUGAGAUCGAGCCGGACGACCUGAGCGGCGAAGACUUUGUGCCCUACCGGAAGCGUUGGCGGACCCCGCAGGUGGCACCGGAGGUGGUCAGCAACGACAGCGAGGUGAUCAGCUGGUUGCGCUACGACUUCCGGUGUCGCUACGACUUCGGGGGCUCCUGGUAUUCCUUCAGUACCGGGCCGGCACACUUCGUGGCGUUGAACCCGUACUGUACCAACUCCAACCCAAAGGCACCGCAGAUCCAAUGGUUGGAUGAGGAUUUGAAGGGAUUCAGCAGAGAACGGACGCCGUUUCUGGUGGUCCUAACUCAUGCGCCAUGGGUGCACUCUUCCCGGACCCAUCGGCCAGAGAAUGAGGUGGCCACAGCGCAACUCCGUGCUUCAGCUGAGCCGCUCUUGGCCAAGAAAAUGGACCUCAUGUUCAGUGGCCACGUGCACGCCUACGAACGUUCAAAGCCGGUUGAGGGGACACGAUACAUUGUCCUUGGCCAUGGUGGAAACAACGAAAAGCUCUACAAUCGAUGGAUGGAGAGUCAAAGCUCAGCGUUUCGCUCUGGUGACCACUACGGUUGGGGCAUCUUGACACUUUCCGGUGGCCACGGCAGUUUUCAAGCACGGCGCUCCCUGGAUGGUGCUGUGAUGGACUCCUUUGAAUUCAUGGCACGAAUGGAGAAUGAGGUCACAGAGGUCACAGAGGUCACAGGUGAUUCCGCAGCCUUCUGGGCCGCCGUGGUGCUGUUCUGUCUUGGAUGUGGUCUCUGUUUGUGCUGCUGUCUGGUCUAUCGCCAUGCUCGUUUGGCAGAUGAAGAAGAGAAGAGCUCCUUAAAGGAUGCUGUGCAAGAGAAGGGUGUGGAAUGUGUGGAGAAACUGUGCACAUUUUAUCCAUCCCCUGAACUAGCAGAGUCAGAGGCUGAGCAAAUCUUUCGCGAAGCGUAUGAAGCGGAGGCAGAGCGAGCUGCUUUGAUGGGGAAGCAAUUGGAGGAAGCCCUGGCGGAGCAACUUGGAGCACCUGAAGGCAUCAAGAUCAACAUUGAGGCCCCAGCGGCACCCGCUCCCAAUGAGCCCGGUGGCACCACCUGGCGCAAAGCCUAUGAGGACAUCAAAGCCCGAGCAGCCUCCCUGGAAAGCCAACUGCAAAAAGCUCGACGCUUAGCUGAACCCACUGCGGCCUCGGCUUUUGAAGAGAGGGCUGUGAAGGCAGAGGCCAGCUUCGAUGCGGAGAGCGCCACCCAGAGCACCCAGUCGACUCCUCCACCACCACAGCCAUCACCUCAAGGUAUCCCCGCAGAUCCCAUGCAACAGAUGCAGAAACUCAGGGAGAUUGCCAACAUCUCAGCCGAAGAGGAGUCCGUCCUGCGACUGCUGUCCUUAGCUGCACUGGCCAAUCAGGAGGGCAUGUUCAAGGAGGCCGCAUCCAAGGAGUUGCCUCCCUUGAACCAAGCACGAGAGGCGCUGAGUGGUGAGGAUUUCCAGGCCUCCGACGCCUUGAUCUUCGAGCGUUGCUACGUCUUCCCUGGCGUCAUCCCCCAGGGCCGGGAGCCCGCGGUGGCGCUGGAGGCCCUGCAGCAGCGCAUGCGAUCUGCGCCUUUGGCUCUGAACCGUGGCUCAAAUCCUGCAUUUCGAGUUCAAUGGCAGCCCUGUGUCCGCGCCAUGACGGACGUGACGGACGUGACGGUCGAAGCUGAGCCGGAGCGGAGCGUGGAGGUUCCUGGAAAUGAAGUGGAACCAUCAGCCACCACAAUAGGACCAUCAACCAUGGCCACUGUGGAGGAGAUAUCGCAGGUGAGUGCCACCUUAGAAAAAGUGGAAAAGUUGGUCCAAGAGUUGCAGGAUCAGUUUCGAGAGCAGGCUAUGGGAGCCUCGCAGAACAAGGAUCUGGUCCAAGCGCAAGAGGAGAUGAAGUCGCUGAUGGUGGAUGCAUCUGAUGCCCAAAGGCGUUUAGAGCAGGUGGCCAAAAGCUCCUUGGAACUGCAGAGGGACUUGGCCCAAGCGAAUGACCGAAGCUUGGUGGUGAAUGCCGAGAAUCAGAGCCAGAUGGACAAGGAGGCCUUGCGGAUUGCCGCGGAGGCUCACCUGCGACAGUGUCGUUGCAGGAACAAAGCAGGGGAACCCUGGCCGUUGUGGGCCACAACUGCUGGAGACCUACAGGAAUAUGGAACUGGUAUCUCACUCUAUUUUAGAUUUACCAUCAGCUUGGGUACUGCCAUGAUGUUUGCUGCGCUGCUCACUCUGCCAUUGUUGAUCCUGAACUCCACUGGAACGGGCCUGACUGAUGUGGAUGUUGGGGCUGGUGAGCCGGGCUUUUUUGCGGUGAGCAGCAUUGGCAACUUCCUGUCAUCCAGCGACGGAUCGAUUUCUUUAAGCAAAUUUGACAUUAGCCCUGCAGACAUCAGUUUUUACAUUGGCGUCCUGGACGCCGUUUCCAUCGGCCUGGUGCUGGCCCUGGCCGUGUGGUUCGAACGCGUGGUGCUGCCGGCGGCGGUGCGGAGCGAGGCCAGGACGACCGUGACGCCGGAUCUUUGUGAGUAA